GCCCUCCAUUUCCUCGAACUUUCUCUCUCCUUCUCUCCUCUCUUACUCUUACUCUUACUCAUUCAACAUUAACCCCCAAAAAUCUUUCUGGGUUUCAUUUCUUUUUGAUUUUUUGACAACCCAACAGACACACAAGUCCCAAACAAUCCUUCUUCCACCAUGGUUCUUCCAUCAAUCUGAUUUUCUUUUUUGGGGUUGGCUUUUGUGGUGAAUGAAGAAGUUUACUUGGACUUGACUUAAAUUUCAUUCUUGCAUUAGAGAAAAUCUGUGAUCAUGAAUUUCCAGCAGGAGAAAGUAGUGAGGUUCCAGGACUGGAAUGCAGAGAAAAAUAAAGAGGUGCUGUACACUCCAAAUGAUGAAAUGAAUCCAGGAAAACUUAAACUGACAUUAAACUCGGUUUCACACACAUUUCAAAGAAGCUUUGAAUCUGGUUCUGAGAGGCUUAAAAGGAUUAAACGAUCAUUUAAGUCCUGUUCAUUUGAUAGUGCCAUGGCUAAAAGCUUUGGUUCCGAGAAGAAGAUUCUUGAUCCACAAGGGCCAUUCCUCCAGAGAUGGAAUAAGAUAUUUGUGCUGUCAUGUGUCAUUGCCAUUUCUCUGGAUCCUUUGUUUUUCUAUAUCCCAGUGGUUGAUGAUGCGAGGAAGUGUUUAGACUUGGACAGGAAGCUGGAGAUCACUGCUAGUGUGUUGCGUUCUUUCACAGACAUAUUUUAUAUAAUUCAUAUUAUCUUUCAAUUCCGUACUGGAUUUAUUGCUCCGUCUUCUCGAGUUUUUGGAAGGGGUGUUUUAGUUGAAGAUGCUUGCGCUAUUGCUAAGAGAUAUCUAAUGUCAUACUUCUUAAUCGAUAUCCUUGCUGUCCUUCCUCUCCCACAGGUGGUGAUUUUGAUUGUCAUUCCAAGAUUGAAGGGCUCAUCAUCAUUGAAUACGAAGAACUUGUUGAAAUUUAUUGUCUUGUUUCAAUAUUUUCCAAGGAUUAUUCGAGUGUAUCCAUUGUAUACAGAAGUUACGAGAACUUCUGGCAUACUCACUGAAACUGCAUGGGCAGGAGCUGCGUUUAAUCUUUUACUUUACAUGCUUGCCAGUCAUGUACUUGGAGCCUUCUGGUACUUGGUUUCCAUAGAACGGGAAACUACAUGCUGGCAAGAGGCCUGUGGGAAAAAUUUGACAUGCAGCCUGGACUCUUUAUAUUGUGAUAGCUUCAAAAGGAAUAACACAUUCUUGAAUGCUUCCUGUCCAAUAAAAGAAGAUGAAAAUGAUUUCUUUAAUUUUGGAAUAUUCCUUGAUGCCCUUCAAUCUGGUGUUGUUGAGACAUCUACUGAUUUUACACAAAAGUUUUUUUACUGCUUUUGGUGGGGUCUUCGAAAUUUGAGUUCACUUGGCCAAAAUCUUGAGACUAGUACCUAUGUCUGGGAAAUUUGCUUUGCAGUCUUCAUUUCAAUUGCUGGAUUAGUACUAUUUUCAUUUCUUAUUGGAAAUAUGCAGACAUAUUUGCAGUCCACCACUACAAGAUUGGAGGAGAUGAGAGUGAAAAGGAGAGAUGCAGAACAGUGGAUGUCCCAUCGCUUGCUCCCUGACAGUCUGAGAGAGCGGAUCAGGCGUUAUGAGCAAUACAAAUGGCAAGAAACCAGAGGUGUUGAUGAAGAGAAUCUAAUUUGUAAUCUUCCUAAGGAUCUCAGAAGGGAUAUAAAGCGUCAUCUCUGCCUGGCUUUGCUAAUGAGAGUGCCGAUGUUUGAGAAAAUGGAUGAACAAUUAUUGGAUGCGAUGUGUGAUCGACUCAAGCCAGUACUAUACACAGAGGAUAGCUACAUUGUUCGAGAGGGAGACCCGGUUGAUGAGAUGCUCUUCAUAAUGCGAGGCAGGCUGCUGACUGUGACCACAAAUGGUGGAAGAACUGGUUUUUUCAAUUCUGAAUAUCUUAAGGCUGGUGACUUUUGUGGAGAAGAACUCCUUACAUGGGCUUUGGAUCCCCAUUCUUCAUCGAAUCUCCCUAUCUCGACUAGAACUGUGCAAGCACUGACAGAAGUUGAAGCCUUUGCAUUAAAGGCUGAUGAUUUGAAAUUUGUAGCGUCUCAGUUCCGGAGGCUUCACAGUAAGCAGCUGCGCCACACUUUCAGAUUUUACUCUCAGCAGUGGAGGACUUGGGCAGCUUGUUUUAUUCAAGCAGCAUGGCGCCGCUAUAGCAAGAAAAAGCUCGAAGAGUCUCUUAGGGAAGAAGAGAACAGGUUGCAGGAUGCACUGGCCAAGGCCGGGGCGAGCUCACCCAGUUUAGGUGCUACCAUCUACGCUUCCCGAUUUGCUGCUAAUGCGCUGCGUGCCAUAAGGCGUAAUAAUACUCGAAAAACAAGGAUGCCGGAAAGAAUGCCACCGAUGCUGCUUCAGAAGCCAGCUGAGCCAGAUUUUACUGCUGAAGAACAGUAGGUAAUUUUUAUAAAUAUAUAUGACUUAGCAAUAUGCUUGUUUUUGUUGCGUGAAAUGUAAAAUGCAUCUGAUGUUAACUCAGAUAGAAAAAAAAGAGGGGGAAAAAAUUAGUGGAGAAACAUCAAGGUAGUAUGCUAUUUUGUUAAGUGUAAAAGGUCUGUAUAUUAUUGUUGUAUAUGAAUAUAUAUUAUUGUUUUAUGGUGAUUAGGGCCUUAGCAAA